UUUUAUCAGUAGUUGUUUGAAUAUGUUGCAGAGCACAAGUCUACUUGUUGUAGCCUGGUUAACCAGUGGAGUCCUCUCAACUCAAGCUCCUAUUAUAGGAAUUGUCAGCCAAAAUCUUCCUCCUUCUAAGGACUACUUAUCACCUGGAGGAAGUUACAUUGCUAGUAGUUAUGUGAAGUGGGUUGAGGCAGCAGGAGGCAGGGUGGUUCCUCUAAUUGCUGGAAGUAAUCAAAAUUUUACCCAGUUGUUUGAGAGUAUCAAUGGUGUUCUUAUUCCUGGAGGAGCCGCUUCAUUAACAGAUUCCACUUAUUCGGAGCUUGCAACAGAAAUGUUUGAGCUAGCCAAGGUUGCCAAUGAUGCAGGGGAUUUCUUCCCUAUCUGGGCAACUUGUUUAGGAUUCGAAUUCAUUACACUCGCUUCUUCAGACAAAGAACGACAUUUAGCUAGGUGCAGUUCAAGUGAUCAGCAUUUGCCACUGGAUUUUCUUGAAGCUUGGGAGGAAAGUCGUCUUUUCAAAGAGGCUAAUUCUGAAGUUAUUGAUAUUCUGACCAGUAUGAAUGUGACAGCAAACUUUCAUGUUUGGUGUCUCACCAUGGAGAACUUUACAAAAUAUGAAAUGGAUACUUUUUGGACCCCACUGUCUCUGAACACAGACAAGGAUGGAUUGGAGUUUAUUUCAACUAUAGAAGCAAAGAAUUAUCCUUUCUAUGGCACCCAAUUUCACCCCGAGAAAAAUAGUUUUGAAAUAGGACACUAUCCAACUAUUCAACAUUCAAGGGAGGCAGUGCUGGCAGGAAACUACUUUGCUCAAUUUUUCUUGACAGAAGCUAGACGCAGCGAACAUGAAUUUGUUUCCAGGUACAUAAUAUUGGGCAUUAUUUUCAACAUAAUAUUAUUUUCAACAACUUCCAUUUUUCAUUUUUGAAUUAUU